UGUGGGUGUUUUAUUAUGGGAAUUGACUAGUAACCGACCACCUUUUAGUAAUCUGGAUCAACAACAUCAACAAUUUGCUUUACCAUAUCAUAUUUCUCAAGGAACUCCAUGUUGGCAGGAUGACCCAGAAAACAGACCUGAUAUUCAAUAUGUUGAAACAAUGCUUGGAAAAUUUUUAGGCUCAAAUAUAGUUGAUAAAGAGGAAAAUAAUGAGCAACAAAAAAAUGAAGACAAUAGUUCUUUAAGUCAUCCCAGUAUUAAUUUAAUAGAGCCUAGUAAUUAUUCACUGCAAGCAAAGUUUGAUAAUCUUGAGGUUUUAAAAUAG